AUGACGGACGAGACGGACAGCAUAGGGUCCAAGCGCAAAAUGUCGCCGGCAGCGAACUCCGCCAGGUUUGUUUGGAUCCACUACAAGAACUCUAGUCAAGAAGAUCAUGCCGCUUUUGUCCUGGAAGAAACAAGGAAGGCUGUUUAUGUUCGAUGGGCAUCUAACAAUGCCAAAGAGUGGGUCAACAAGAAUAAUGUCGAUAUCAGUGAUGACUCUCAACUCGAUCGCCGAGGUCGUCGCAAAAGAGCUCAACCCGACGUGGUCAACAGCAACAAUAGUGUCAAUGACAAGAAGAAGCCUGCCAAAAGGAGAGCUACUACUGGCUCUGUUACAACAUCGACUAGAACCAAACCACACUCUGUCAAAGCUACCAAGAAAAGGCCCCCUCGCGCCGCCGCAAGGAAAGCUACAACAAACAAGGAAAAAGAAUCACAAGAAAAGACUGCGACGCUCAGGCGAUCGACUCGCCACAAUCCAACGGCGCCCACCAAUGAAGCAGAUUCCACGGCUACAACCACGCAGAGCUCCCCCAAAGAACACCCAACCAAACCUGUCAAAUUGUCUAGCAGCACCAAAAAGGACCCUCCUCCUCGAAGAUCCACUCGCAAUUCCCCUUCGCCGGAUCCAACCACACGGUCCACUCGCGGUACUCCCCAGUUGGUGGAGGAGCCAUUGGAUUCGACUCGUCCCAGGCGAUCCACACGCCAUCCUACGACCAACAGCAACACCCAGAACGCUGCUUCGAAAAAGGCAUCUGCGAAUGGUGGGGCCACUGUGAGAAAGACCCGGGCUUGCAAGAAUAACGAAAAAGGAAACAACCAUAGCACCCAAACGUCACUACUACCAGCCACCAAACACACCAAAAAGAAGAAGAAUCACGUUCCACUGCCUGAUGGAGAUGCGACAAAUGACGAAGAUGACAAUAGUCAACUGCUAACCCAACCAGAAGUGGAGAAUAGCAGUGGUACAAAUGAAGAGCCGCCGUCUGACUCGCAAUCAUCUACCGCAGAGUCUAGCUCGGAAUCAGAAUCCGACUCCAAGUCCAAAUCACCUUACGCAGAGUCUAGUAGCUCGGAAUCGGAAUCCCAGUCCAAUCCCAAGGCCACAUCCAAGCGUACUACGAGAUCUACUGCUGUCGCCGCCGUCGCUGCGACUGCCUCAGGCAAGUCUGCUCCUCCGCGAGGAAAUGCUGCAAAGAAAAGCGGUUUGUCUGCUCCCAAAAUGAGCACUACUGCAGCAGUUGGCACAACCCGUGGUACCACCGAGAUGGCUAGAGACAAGGGAAAGACGCCAGGAAAGGAACCUGCAGGAGCAAACCAGAAAACGGCUGCAGAGGAGAUCCCAAACAAGAAAGCUGCACCAGCAAAGAUGCACAUCACGGUAAAUAUGGACGAGUCGGAUGAGGAUGAGGAUGAGGAUGGCGAGGAAACGGAGGACGAGAAGGCUGCACUGGACAAAACUCAGACUGACAAGGCCAAGCAAAAGGAUGACACUAAGAUGGCUUCUGCUGCUGCUACCGAUUCGGAUGAUGACGACGAGGAAACGGAGGACGAGAAGGCUGCAGCGGACAAAAAGGAUGACGCUAAGAUGGCUCCUGCUCAUGCUGCCGGUACCUCGGAAAGCAGUGCCAAGAAGACGAGCUCUUCUCAGAAAGGAAGCGUCGGGGAUGGAGAAGUCCCAGCCGGUAGGGAGGCGAACAAGAAGGGCAAGGGUCGUGCAAAUUUGGAUGCGAGCAUUCGCAAGCGGGCUGCUUUGCCCCAAGACCAUGACAGCGAUGACGACAGCAUGACUACAAUGACCGGGGGCGCAAAGGAUGAUAGCCAAGUUAAGGUGGCGUCCCAGGAAAGGAACAGCAGCGACAGCGACAGCGACAGUGACGACGAAGAGAGCGUCGCACAGAGGACGAGCAGGAAGCGCAAGGCUGUCGAGGCUGUAGCUACAAACAAACGAAACAGAACCACCGAGGCCGCUGACCUUCGGGACGACUACGUUCCUGCUAACGAUGGGAGCCAACGAGAAGAUGACGGGCAAGAUAGUAGCAAGUCCGAAGGGGGUAACAACAGCAGUACCCCGCUACGAACCAAUAAGACGAAGAGGCGUAUCAGCGUUGGCGCCAAACGAAGCAAGGAGAAUCCAGAAGAUGAAAGUGGCGCUAGUGAUUCUGACUUGGAAGAGGCAUCGCCAUUGGUGGAUGCAGCGGUAGAUCCUGCAAUCGAAGGGAGGCGCAAGAGACGACGUCGGCGUGAAUCCCAACUGCUUGAGGCAGAACAUCAAAGGCACGACAAGAAUGGAUCCAGGGAUGGCUACGAUGAAUUUGAGUUUCAGGAUCCAUCCGGACCUCAAGAGGCCACUGUAGAUUCCGAAACCGAUACACAGAAAGAUCGACAAGCCUCUGUGGAUUCCGAAACGGAUACACAGAACGAUCGACAAGCCUCUGUGGAUUCCGACACCGAGACCCAGAACGAUCGACACACGGAGAACUUGUUUGACGAUGAAGAGCAAUUGAAUGAAACAACGGACGAAGGCAGAACAGACGAGUGCAACUCAUUGUCACAAGGGUCGCAUGGAGACACCGCAACAGACGAGGGAACCACGGUAGCAUCGCGGUCGUUGUCGAAUGGAGAUACCGCGUCCGUGGCCUCUCAUGUUUCUGAUGGCUCCUCAGACUCUUCUACCAUCGAUUCUACUGAACGUCCACGACUCUCUGAGAGGGUCUCCGUCGGAGAUUAUGUGCAACGAAGAGUGAAUGGCCGCUGGGUUCAUGGCCGCGUGCUUGGUAUUAAACGAAGUCUAAGAACGCAAGCUUGCUCAUUCGUUGUCGACUGGCAGAUGGAAAUGAACGAGAGCGAAAUGCUGGGCUGUCGUCUCUCUUCUGCAUCGCAUAUGUGGUGCCCAGCCAAAGCAGGAGCCCCGCUUCCUCGUGAUAGACGCCAUGUCAGCGAGCCUGCGAGUAUACAUUGA